AUGGCCUCUACUACUGAAGUUCCUUACAAAAAAAUUGAAAAGAUCUGCUGCAUUGGCGCUGGCUACGUCGGUGGUCCAACAUGCGCUGUUAUUGCUUACAAGUCCCCUCACAUCAAGGUCACCAUUGUUGAUCUGAACCAAGCCCGUAUCGAUGCCUGGAACUCCGACGACCUGCCCAUCUACGAGCCCGGACUCGAUGAGAUUGUCAAGGCCUCACGCGGCCGUAACCUUUUUUUUUCUACUGACGUGGAAUCAGCCAUCAACGAGGCAGACCUUAUUUUUGUUUCCGUCAACACUCCUACCAAAAAGUCCGGCAUGGGCAAGGGCUUUGCCGCUGACUUGGGUUAUGUCGAAUCUGCAACUCGCUCUAUCGCCAACUUGGCCACGUCGUCUAAAAUCGUUGUGGAAAAAAGUACCGUCCCCUGCCGCACCGCACAAAGCAUGCGCCGCAUCCUCGACGCUAAUGGCAAACCUGGCGUCAAGUUUGACCUCCUUUCCAACCCAGAGUUUCUCGCCGAAGGUACUGCCAUUAAGGACCUUCUUAACCCUGAUCGUGUCUUGAUUGGUUCUCUCGACACCCCCAGCGGCCGCUCUGCUGCUUCUUCGCUUGUCGAUGUGUAUGCUAACUGGGUCAACCGCAAGCAAAUCAUUACCACUAACCUUUGGUCUUCAGAGCUCUCUAAGCUCGUUGCCAAUGCCCUCCUGGCCCAGCGUAUUUCCUCCAUCAAUGCCAUUUCUGCUAUUUGCGAGGCCACUGGUGCCGAUGUUGAUGAGGUUGCCUAUGCAUGUGGUCUUGACACCCGUAUUGGACCUAAGUUUCUCAAGGCCUCAGUCGGAUUCGGUGGCUCGUGUUUCCAAAAGGAUAUUUUGAAUCUUGUUUACUUGUCCGAAUCACUUCAUCUGCCUGAGGUUGCUACCUACUGGAAGCAAGUUGUCGAUAUGAAUGAGUACCAAAAGUCUCGUUUCACUAAGCGCAUCAUUUCUUCGCUCUUCAACACACUUUCAGGCAAGCGUAUUGCUCUGUUUGGAUUUGCGUUCAAGAAGGAUACUGGCGAUACUCGUGAGUCUGCAUCAAUUUCCCUGUGCCAAUACUUUAGACAGGAGCGUGCCACCGUGGCUUUGUAUGACCCCAAGGUUGAGGAGACUCAGAUCUGGCUUGACUUGACGGAGACUGCUCCCCAGGAUAACCUUGAAACAAUCAAGAAACAGGUCAUUAUUGCAGCUGAUCCUUAUGAGGCUGCCAAGAAUGCAGAUGCAAUUGUUGUGGCCACUGAAUGGGACAUGUUCAAGGACACCAAUCUUGACUACGAGAAGUUGUACUCGUUGAUGAACAAGCCUGCAUUUAUUUUUGAUGGUAGACUUAUUCUUGACCGACCCAAGCUUGAGAAGAUUGGAUUCAAGGUUGAAGUUAUUGGCAAGGCUUCUCAUGACAUUGGCUACGAGUAA